AUGCCUAAGGAAAUCCAAGAUGUUAAGGUGUUCCUCUCACUCAUGAAAGGUAGCGAAGCAUAAGGAAAAGAUGCUAGCAAAGAACCAAAAAAGAACCUCUAUAUCAAAGAGUCAAAGAAGAUCACCAAAUUCAAGUUGAGAGGCAAGAAAUAUCUCUUCACCUUCAAAACAGCUGAUAAGAAUAAGGCCCAAAAAAUUCAAUAAACACUCCCAUAGAAUGUUAAUAAAAUUGUUAUCGGUAAUGGAGGAAAGAAAUAAUAAACCAAAAAGAAGUAAAAGAAAUGAGCACUGAUUUAUUACAUAUACAGUACAUUAUUUGGAGCAUAUUUAAUAUAAAAAG